GCGACAGUCUGUUUCCUUCUGCUUUGUCCCCGUUUCGAUGCCGCGAAUUCGACUGCAAUCGACGAUCGCGUUCAUCGCUGUGUGCUGCGCUGCGUUGGCAACAUCCGCCAGCAGCCGCGAGCACCCCGUCUGCCAGGCGCACCCCUCACGCAGCGGAUAUGCGGCGGCGCCAAACCAGCACCCAGCUUGUCCCAAGUACAGGGCGAAUGCUGAGCCGUUUGGCGACGCGCGCCCGCUGCCUGCCGAGCGCACAUUCGUCUCGCCCGCCGUCGACAACGCCAUCCAGGCCAUCACCGCCAAGAUGAAGGACCAAAGCCUGGCUGCCGUCUUUGCAAACACGCUGCCAAACACACUCGACACGACCGUGUCGCUGUUCCAGCAAUAUCCGACCCUGUCGUCGUACAUCAUCACAGGAGACAUCAACGCCAUGUGGCUGCGCGAUUCGACGUACCAGGUGUUGCCCUACCUGCGCUACAUGCAGCAGGACGCAAACCUGCGCAACCUGAUCCACGGCGCAAUCAACCGCCAGGUGCAGUACGUCCUGUCGGACGUGUAUGGCAGCUCGUUCAACAGGGAUGCGCUCAGCGGCACGGGCGUUUUCGACGGCGACUCGACCUGGAGGUCGUCGUUCCUCGGCACCAGCUACAACGCCAUGCUCAACAAGAUUGUUUACGAGCGCAAGUACUCUGUCGAUUCCCUGAGCGCCGUGAUGAAACUCUCGUACGGCUUUUACAAUGCCACGCGCUCGCUGGAUGCCUUUGACUCGAACUGGGUUGCCGCCAUGGCCUUGAUCAUUGACACGCUGCAAAUUCAAACCCAAGACACGGCUCAGGAAGACAAGAAUGGCGGUCCCCAGUACACCUUCCAGCGCCUCACCGUCGAGCCAAAGGACUCGCUCAUUCAUGGACGCGGCUACCCGUGCAGCUAUACUGGCAUGAUCAAGGGCUUCUUCCGUGCCUCGGAUGACGCGCAAAUCUACUGCUUCUCCAUCCCCGCCAACGCCAUGGCCGUCGUCGAGCUCCGUCACACGGCUGAGAUUUUGACGGCGCUCGGCCAAUCCGCCCUUGCCACCCAGGCUUUGACGCUCGCCGCCAGCGUCGACCAAGCAAUCUACGCACAUGGUGUGGUGCAGCAUCGGACCGCCGGGCAGAUUUUUGCCUACGAGGUUGACGGAUUUGGCAACUACAUUUUCAUGGACGACGCUCCCGCCCCGUCCCUCCUUUCGCUGCCGUACGUCGGCUACGUGAAUGCCUCCGAUCCGCUGUAUCUGCGCACUCGCGCCGCCGUUCUAAGCAACGCCAAUCCGUGGUACUUUUCGGGCGCUGCGACGGACGGCGUUGGUGGCGCUCACUACGGCACUGGCUGGAUCUGGCAGCUGUCGAUUGCCGUGCGCGCAUUCACGUCGACCUCUGACACUGAAAUCCUCAAGUGUCUGAAAGAUCUUGUCGAUUCGACUGUCGGCACCGGCUUUAUGCACGAGGCGUUCUACCUGGAUGACUAUGGCUACUAUUCCCGACCCUGGGUUGCAUGGGGCAAUUCGUUCUUUGGCGAUUUGAUUCUCUACCUGAGCGACACUCGUCCGUACCUGAUUUACACGUAGUGCUCCACCAGGUCUUCCUCGGUUUGGGCACUUUUGCUCUUUAUUGUCGCUUUUUGUGUUGUCGCACUGUGAUGAGACUGCGAUUGAUGUACUGUUUGAGAGCCUUGUGUUCCAAGUACAGUUUGUACAGCAUUUCUGUUUCAAUGGACCCUGCCUUGG